GAGGGUCUGCAGGCUGUGAGUGAAGGGGCGGCGAGUUCCUGAUCCCUUUUCCAUCUUCCAGAAUGAUCCCGGACUGGCACAGCUCCUUGAUCCUCACGGCCUACAUCCUCAUCUUCCUCACUGGGCUCCCUGCCAACCUGCUGGCCCUGAGGGCCUUCGUGAGCCGGGUCCGCCAGCCCCAGCCUGCUCCCGUGCACAUCCUCCUGCUGAAUCUGACCCUGGCGGACUUACUCCUUUUGCUGCUACUGCCCUUCCGGAUCGUAGAAGCAGCGUCUAACUUUCGCUGGUACCUGCCGAAGAUCGUGUGCGCGCUCACGGGCUUCGGCUUCUACAGCAGCAUCUACUGCAGCACGUGGCUGCUGGCGGGCAUCAGCAUGGAACGCUACCUGGGAGUGGCCUUCCCCGUGCAGUACAAGCUAUCCCGCCGGCCCCUGUACGGAGUGAUCGCCGCUCUGGUGGCCUGGAUCAUGUCCUUCGGCCACUGCACCAUCGUCAUCAUCGUUCAGUACCUGAACUCAACCGAGCCUGUGGGCACUGAGAACCAAAUAACGUGCUAUGAGAACUUCACCCAAGAGCAACUGGAUGUGGUGCUGCCUGUGAGGCUGGAGCUGUGCCUGGUCCUAUUCUUCGUCCCCAUGGCAGUCACCAUCUUCUGCUACUGGCGCUUCGUGUGGAUCAUGCUCACGCAGCCCCAUGUAGGGGCUCAGAGGAGACGCAGGGCGGUCGGCCUGGCUGUGGUGACGCUUCUUAAUUUUCUGCUGUGCUUCGGACCUUACAAUGUGUCCCACUUGGUGGGGUUCUACCUGCGGCAGAGCCCUCCGUGGCGAGUGGAGGCUGUGGUAUUCAGCUCCCUCAAUGCCAGCCUGGACCCGCUGCUCUUCUAUUUUUCUUCCUCCGUGGUGCGCAGAGCUUUCGGGAAAAGUUUGCUAGUGUUCCGCAAACCCGGCUCCUCGGUGUUGGGCAGAGGAGCCAAAGAGACAGUGGAGGGGACCAGGAUGGACAGGGGUGGGAGUCAAACAGAGGGGGUGCCGAGCUCCGAUUUCAUCACUGAGUAGAGAGUCCUCCGAACCUUCCCCAGUCUCUGAUCACCCAGAAGUUGGGCUGGCUAGCAGAGCGCCUGGAACUUGGUGAAAGAUAAAAAAUAAAAAACAAAGACAUUCCCCAACCACGGUCCACUACUCUCUCAGCUUGGCAUAACUGCUUGUCUGGAUUUUCCUGCUACAAGAUACAAGAAGAAAUGGCUACAGCCCUAAAAUAAGUGGGGCCAGGUCCUCAGAAGCGGGGUGUCUAAUAGGAGGGCAUUUUGAAAAGUAAUCUUCCUUCAAGCUUAGAAACACCACCCAGAGACAGUGGUCUGGCUGGUGAUGCUGCAAAGAAGCCAUUGAAAAACGAUUGGGGGAAACCGGUGGGAAGAAAAGAAAAGCCCCGCCAUGGGAGGGACUGGCGGGGAGGACAGGGGCUGCAUCUCUGGUGAGCUUCACCUCUCUAUAUCCCUUCGAGCUGUCCCUUUGUAAGUGUGCUUUGUUGAUUUUCGCGUUUUGGCCUUGUCGCCACUGUUACACUGGGGUCUGGGUUGCACGUCUGUCCCCAGUGUCCUCCCACCCAGGCUAGGGUGUGUCUUGGUACCCUCAGUCUGACGUAGACACUGACCUGCACGGGAGGACAGAAAACCCAGUCUGGUCUGGUCUGGCAGGUUGAAAAUAAAGAUGAUGGCCGCCGCCUAACGCAAAUGCUCACAGCUUUUGGCACUGGUCUCUAUGACCCAGGGAAGGGGGGAUGGCGG